AUGGCACAACCAUCAAUCUCCACCUCUUCCAAAUUGUCGGAAACAAUGACAACACCUAAAAGAGAAAAUUCACAAUCGAUACCGAAACGAAUAAUUUCAGAUUUAGAGAAAAUUGAACCUAGAUAUUUCCGAACUCGAUCGGGAAGUUUUGAUAUCUCAAGUUUUAAACAUCAUUUAAAAUCGGAUUUUAAACAUUUCCAAAAGAAAGACCUUUCAUCAAGAGAAUUUUUCAUUUAUGGAAUCAUUUUGGCAGUGAUACCGUUCUUUAUUUUGAUAUUCUUCAUGUUAACAUAUUUAUGUUACUUGUCUCCGAGAUUAUGUCCAGUUAUCCAUGUUAACACAAGUUUCACAUCACAAGAGAACAAUACUUUCAUAGAGUCUCUUUUGUGGUUGAUUUCGUGGUGGUUUUAUGAAGAUAUAUACUUUAAAUUUUUAAUUCCGAUGGCCAUUCCUGUUGUUGUGUUAUUCAUUUACUUUAAUUGGAGGUCAUUCCAAGAGUUUAAAUACAACUAG